UAUGAAAAAUUAAUAAAUUAUUGUGGUAUCGAUGAAUUGGGGACAAAUUAUCCCCCUGAAAUUUAUAAUCAACAUAAUUGGGGUCCUGAAUCGUUUUAUGAUCAACUAGCGAAGCGUCAGAAAGAAGAAAUGGAAAAAAGGGAAAAAGAGAAAAAAGAAAGAACAAAGGUUGAAUUUAUCUCAGGAACUGUGAAGAAAACAGCUGAUGUACCAAAGGAUAACAAGAGAAAAAGCAAAUGGGAUAUUGGAUCAUCUCAGGUUACUGUACUUCCAACAAGUUUGAAGCCAGCCACUCUUGUCAAUCCUGCAAGUGUUUUGCCAGUUACUACUGCCACUGGCACUAAACCUACAGUUAUCUCAGCCUUCGGAACCAUUGCUAAAAAAGUAAAACGAUGAGUUAUUGCAAAAUGAAUAUUCCCAAGGAAGAUGUUCUUUUAUAAUUAUACAAUUAUCUCAGGCAAUGAAAAGAGAUUUCAAGGUGAUGAUUUGUUCAUGAGACAGCACAAGUUAAAUUUCAGUUUUAUAAAUUAAAUAUAUAUAUAUAUAUAUAUAUAUAUACAUAUAUGCCAAAAUAUGGCAGAAUCAUUUCAUAAACUUCAAUCUAAUAUUUGCUCAGUCUCUUCAUCCAUAUUAUUCAAUAAUUACUGCAACCAUUAUGAGCAUUUUCUUUAAUUCAUCUAUGAUGGAUUUGUUAUUAAAACUAGUUAUUUUAUGAAUUCACUCAGCAGUUUACAAACAUCAUUUCUCCAGAUAAACAUGUGAUAUUCAUAUUAUGCUUAAUUGCAUGCAGUCUAAUAAAUCAUCCAUAAAAUAUAUUGUAAUAUAAGUUCAAUAAAUGUUUGU